CUUGUACGGCCGCCAUAUUGUGUGACACUAUUUUGAUUCUUAUCUGCUGAAAGCGAGAAAGGAAGAGAGAAAAUACGGGGGGAGCAGAGGGGGGAAAGAAGAAGAGCUGUCAAAAGAAAUCCCCAAGUCUGUGAAACAGCGGGAGGCGGUGGCGCGGUGUUCUCCGCUCAUCGUGGUCUUUAACGGAGUUAGGCCUGGGUUCUGUCAGCAGUCCGGCGGCGUCUCGGGGGUUGAAGGUGGCCGGGGAGCGGCGGCUGACACGAAGAUGCUGAGUUAGUGUGUGUGAGUGUGUGCUGUGGUCGAGUCCGUUUUGUUGUGGCAGUAGACGAAUGGCACAGGGAAACCAGCAGAUUGAUAACCAGGUUCUGUACCACCUGCGCCAGAAGUUUCCAGAAGUUCCAGAGGACGUGGUGUCUCAGUGUGUCCUAGAGAAUAAGAACGAUUUGGCUGCAUGUUGCAAGUACCUGGCCAAGGUGAGUCCUGGUUUCUUGUAUAGUGAAGGCAGCCAAAGUUUGACAGACCUUCGCAAUCACAUGACCCAGCUGAACCUCGGCGUCUCACAGAAUACCCAUGGUGCUGUUCAGCGAGAUGUAGUAAGGAUGAAUGGCAGCAGGACUGUCACCCCAAGUGUGAGCGAUGGGCCUUUAAAUGCUCCAUCUCCCGCCUCUGACUUCUAUAAGCCUGAAGCGCAGUCCGUGCCCACACACACACCCACAAGCCUCAGCACGUUUGGUGCCAUGGAGUCCGCUCGCAAGCCCCAGCCUCCUCAGCACCUUGGCCUGUACCAGAUUGGGGGCAAAGGUCAUGGGCCACACCCGACCCCACGCUUCAACCCUAUCACAGUGACACUUGCACCCAACACCGGUCGAAAUACACCUACCUCCCUCCACAUUCAUGGAGGGCCUCAAUCGGGUCUGAACAGUCCAAAUUCGAUCUACAUUCGCCCGUAUGUGACCCAGCCGGGCUCUACACGACAGGUACAAGGCCGAGCGCAGUACAGUCCCACCUCACAGCCUGCUCAGCAGAUAUAUCAGAUCACCCAUCCCGCAGGUUCCCAGAGUACUUGGAGUGGAACCCAACAUCAGACUUCACAUGUAUACAUGCCAAUCAGUUCACCCACCAACACCCAGGCCCCCUCCAUACCCUCGGCAGUGGCGUCACAUGCCUCCUCUUCAUCACCCUUGCCCUCCUCAUCCUCCUCAUCUACUCCUGGCCCAGUCUCGUCCUCCUUUAGCCAGUACAACAUCCAGAACAUCUCAACAGGGCCACGGAAGAAUCAGAUUGAGAUAAAGUUGGAGUCUCCUCAGAGAGGAGGUGGAGGUUCGGGCACAGCCACCGCUACACUCCUGCGAUCCAGCUCCGCCCCGCGACCCGCCCCUACAUCUUCGUCCUGUCCAUCUUCGUCUUCGCUGGCUACCAGCACCGGAUCCUCAACUCCAAUCUCAAUUGGAGGUCCGGGACUCAGCCGCAGCCAGCCCACGGUGUAUAUCUCUGCAUCUCCACCCACUGCUGCUACAACUCCAUCAGAUGAAAGUGCCAUCGUUCCUAACACCCCUCGUUCACAGCCCAAGUUCUACAUUUCUGCCAACACGUCAUCCGAUGACGGAGUGGGACGAAACCCGGCCACUGUUUACAUCUCGGCCAAUCCAACACUUCAGGGUUCUUCUCGAGGUUUGGGAAGCCAGGUGAGCAUGGGCCCCGCCUACAUCCACCACCACCCGCCCAAAUCUCGACCCUCUGUGGGGGCUGGAGGCACAGCUUCGUCACCUCGUGUGGUGGUAACACAGCCCAACACCAAAUACACCUUUAAAAUCACUGUCUCCCCCAAUAAACCCCCGGCUGUAUCUCCUGGAGUGGUAUCUCCAACGUUCGAGCCCACUAACCUACUCAGUCUACCUGCCGAUCACCAUUACUCAGAGCCAGAGCCCCUGUACCAUUCUGACCCGCUUUCACCUCACGGGGACAAAAGUUCAGAGCCGCGCAGACUCAGCAUGGGUGCUGACGACGCUGCUUACACACAAGCUCUGUUAGUGCAUCAGCGUGCACGUAUGGAGCGGUUGUGGCAUGAAUUAGAGCUGAAGAAGAGAAAGCUAGAGAAGCUGAAAGAGGAAGUCAACGAGAUGGAGAAUGACCUCACGAGGAGACGACUACAGCGCUCUAACUCAGUCUGUCAGAUACCAUCUAUUGAGGAGAUGCAGCAGUUGAGGUGUAAGAAUAGGUUACUGCAGAUUGAUAUUGAUUGUUUAACCAAAGAGAUCGACCUCCUUCAAACACAAGGACCAGACUUUAAUCCAAUUGCAAUUCACAAUUUUUAUGACAACCUUGGAUUCAAGGGUCCUGUACCUCCUAAACCUCCUAAAGGUCCUACAAAGCCAGGUGCGGAUCCCACAGGCGCUCUAGACAAGAGGCGACGCAAAAUAAAUGUCAGCUCCAAGUUAAAGCGAGACCCCUCUCUACCUCCUGUACCUCCUCCUGUGGCUGUACCCAUGGAGGGCAGUAGAAACGUGAGGGUGAUGUCGGAACCUGAGGAAGAUGAGGGAGUUCCGUGGAGCUGUACUGCCUGCACUUUCCUCAAUCACCCUGCCCUUAUCCGCUGUGAAGAGUGUGAAUUUCCACGGCAUUUCUGAGCCUCACACAAAAUGCAUGUCACAUACACAAAGACGCAUAGACAGCCACCGUUUUGCCUUCAUCAGGAAUCUUGGACACACCUGUUGGAGGUUUUUCGUCUUUGUAUAAAGUUUCCUAUUUGCCGCGCAGUGUCAGUGUUUAUCUGUUUGUGUUGUGGUGUUCACUGAAGACUGGAUGAUGUUUACAGCUCUUUUGUCUCUGUAUAGAAUGUGAGUUUUGUGUGUUGCAUGGGAGAUCAUGGGAGAUUUCACGCACUCAAGCAGCUCAAUGCUGUCAGUGAUAUUAUUACAUGUUUAUAAAAUGCAAACACACACAAACACUUCAUACGUGUGGGUAUGGAUGCCAGCGUGCCUUUCGUCAGGGGACCUGUUCGUGCAAGCCACCUGAAUGGAAAAACAAAAGGACUUCUUUUUUGGAUGGAAUCUUUCUAAUUUUGGUAUCUGCUAAACUCACAUUUCUUUUGUUUGGUAAAUUAAACUGAAAAUGAAAAAAAAAAAUGCAUGCUUUAGAUGUACAGUUUACAGAGGAGAGUCUCCACCACACAGAUUUUUCUGUACAUAGUUUUAGAAUGAGCUUUUCAAUGCCUAUUUCUUUCUCAAGAUUUCACAUGUAUUUCCUGUAAGUAUAGCUUUAUAGACUUCAUUUAUUUCUAUGUGUUAUUUUGUUGUUGUUGUUCUUUCAGAUAAGUAUUGUUUUCCAUCUUGAGCUUUAGGGUGUUUUGUGAGAACUUAAAGGGAUGCUCAAACGUGCAACGGCAAAUGGGGGGGAAAAAAGAAAAUGCUCUUUGUCGCAGCAAAACUGAAAAAGAUCACGAACUCAUUAAUAAGGUACAUGACCUCUGAGCGGUCAAAAGACUUCACAAGAAAUCCAGUAAAGCCUCAGACAACCAAUGCCUUCCUAUAUGACAACUGGAAUGUAGGUUUACUAUUAGUUGAAUUUAUACCUUUGUGCCAAGAGGAAUGAUUCUUUGCUAUGCAUUCGUAAAGCUUUAUCAGAGUAUUUGAUAUAAUGUGGAUUGAGAGAAAAGACUUGUUAGAUUUGUCUUACGGUGUCUGGGUGCCCACCUAAAAGGGAUGAGUAUUCGCAAGGGCUUUUAAAACACUGAGUACUCACCGUUGGCCUUUAUAGAUUUUGAAAUUUGCCAAAGUACAUGAAGCGCAUAUCACUGUGUUCCUGAGUGUAGCGAAAUAUUUCACAAUGUGCCUUCAGUCUUGUAGAGGUUCUCUGUUACGGAUCAUGGUUUGUGACAGUAUGCACAAUGCCUCCUCUGCAGAUGUUACAGAAUUUAAACAGGUCCUUUCAAAUGUUUUCUAACUUAAUUCAUUGAUCUAACCUUUUUUUUUUUUUCUCAGAGAAAUGUUUUGUUACCUGUCCUCAGACUGCUAAUGCAUAAAUUGUGCAUUGAAAUGUUAUGAGGUCAUUAUUUAUAAAACAAAUGAAUACAUUCAAUUCCCAGAAUGCAGGUUUCUGGUAUCCAGGCUAAAAAUAACUUGGAGAACAUUAAGAACAUUUAUUCUAUGUGCUUUUUAUUUCCAAGAAACUGGUUCAGAGUCAUGUUUCAUUAACUUUUGAGAAACCCAAAGAAAUAAUCAGAUCCGUCUGUCAACUUGUCAUAUGUGUGUAUGGAUUUUUAGAAAAAGGGGGAGAAAAGUCAUUUGAAUAUCUAAUAUUUUUGUUUUUAGCUGGGAAAACUGUCUUUGUAAUAGAUAAGUUAUUUGUAAAAACAAUAAAAAAAAAUCUGAAUAAA